AUGCUUCGAGAUUCCUUGGAUGCCAUCGGCAACCCACCUGUCGAGCUAGAUGCUGUUGAGGAUGUUGUCCCUGGCAUCGUUAAUGUGAUCAACACCAGUACCAAGGAAGAGACCUCUGGGUGGAUGUGGAACAAGGAUGGUACCAAAGCGGACUUUUGA